AUGGCAGCUUCGGGGAGCCUUUUUCCAGGAGGCCGCGAUGGUGGCUCCCCGAAGGCAAGACCGCGACCCAGAAAGAAGGUGCAGGCGGCCAAUGUAUCGCCAGCGGUUGACAGCAUCCAGGGCUGGCAGAUGCUUGAAGUGAAUGCGACUUCUGAGCCGGCAAGCCUUCCCUUGCCAGACACUUCAAGCGAUCUGCUGUCUGCAGCUUCGGACGCUUGCGGUCCUCGCGAGAUCUGGAAGAUCUUUGGAGAUCUGGGUGGCCACCGUCAGGAGCCAGCGGAUGUGCUUCUGCCGGCCCAGGGUAUAACUUACCCAAAGGCUCAAAGCAAGGACGCGGUGAUGUACCUUCCUCGGCUAGCAGCCGAUCGGUUGCGGGAAUCCAACUCGAAGCAGAUAUCUGAGCUUUGGCAGCUUCGGAUGGCUUUCCACAGGACCAUGUCCUGUGCCCACAAGCACGAGUGCUUAAAGGCCAGGCUGGCGGCUGCAAGGGCAGAAAUGGCUGAGUCGUUCACGGUGCUGGAGAAGCGAACCUCGACCAUAGAGGCCGUGAGCGAAAGCAACUCGAAGAAACUGCAGCGCCUGAAAGGGGUGGCUCGAGACCUCAAGCUCAAGUGCAAGCUGGCGUCCUCAAGAGUUCGUGUCCUCAGGGCCAUGGCGGAGCAGAUCUGCAACGAGACCUUGGCCAAAGAGAGAAGCAGUCUGAUGGCUCUCACCUUCGAGCUUCACAUGGAGCAGGAGCACGCCAAGCACCCAGCGCCAGAAGUUCUGCGCCACGUCCAGGAGCAAGUCCUCAAAGCCAUCGAUGCAGAGACCUGCAUCACUUGCCCGGCUUUCGAAGACUCCGAAGACGACACUGAGACAGGCCUGGAUGGCCCUGCCCAGACUCCUCCUGUGGUUGGAAGCAACUUGGUGAUUUACAUGUACUUGCCGCCACUUCUUCGCUCGUCCAUCCUGCCGGCGCCGUCAAAGCAAGCGCAGCGAGAGCUGAAGAGCGCCCGGGCAUCUGGCCUGCUGGAAGGCAUCGUGCAGGAGACUCUGAACAAGUUCGGCCUGAAUGCCCGAGUGCAACGCAUGAGGCCGCCCAUACUGCUGGACGGAGGAGAGCUCCGAGCUCCCUCUGGUGCUGCCAGGAUACAAGACUUGGGCCUUUUGAUCGCUCCGAGCCCUGCAGGUAGAGCUUGGGUGGUGGAGGCAGUGGUGCAGGACAGUUGGGCAGAUGCCUUUGGAGUGCGUCCAGCGGACCAGAUCUUAUGGAUCAAUGGCCGGCCGACGUCUGCUAUGAGCUCGGCACAGGCUCUGCUGUGGAGCGAGCAUCCUCUUUCUUUGUUCCUUGCUCGCAAUGGAGGCGAAGCCUCCACCAGGAUGGAAGAGUCUUGUGCGCUUCGGAUCCAAUCGAGCUGGCGUGCGCGCAAGCGGUCCAAAGUGUCGUCAAGAUGGUCUCCAAGUCUAACAGACCUGCCUUUGAGUGGCCACACAAGACUUUCGGCAUGUGCCGGGCGACUGGUGUCUGCAUUGGGCUUACACUUUCUGCCAGCCACCUUGCCGGGCCCGUUUCUCCAGAUCGAAAGACUGGACCCGGAAUCUUGGGCGGAGCGGGUGGGAGUGGAGGUUGGAGACAAGCUGCGAUGCAUAGAUCGCGAGUGGACCGAGCAGCUUUCAGAUCAACGCUUUGCGCAGUUGCUUCUGGAGCGGCCUAUUCGGCUGAUCUUUGAUUCUGUAGAGCAGGUGGGCGAGACUCGCGACACCACGCAAUUCACUGCAGUGGCUGGCAUGAAGGACGGACAUCUGGGUUUCCGACUUGCUUCUCUGCCCCCGGCUCCGUAUCUGUUGGUUCAGCGGGUGGAGGAACAUUCAUGGGCUUUCGGUGCCGGAGUGCAAGAAGGUGACCACUUAAUGGCCGUAUACCGGAAGCGGGUGGCCGAAAUUUCCGCUGAUCAGUUGCUGGACAUGUUCAAAGGCCCUCGACCGCUUCGCUUGACGUUCAGCCGCCUGAAACGUUUCACUGUCACCAUCACGACGCGGGAAAACCAGAUGGGCUUACAGACAAAUGGCGUCCCUCCAGCAGCUUUCUUGGAAAUACGGACAGUGGAUCCAGGAAAAUGGGGUGAGCAAGUGGGGGUAGUCGGUGGAGACGCCCUAGUAUCGUUGAACGGCGUGUGUUUGGACAGUAUGCCCAGGCGAGAGUUCAUCCGACAAAUGAAGGAAGAACGACCGCUGUCCCUGACAAUCGAUCGGAAUCACGGGGAGAAUUCAGUUGACCGCUUUGAGCGCUUCACGGUCACUGCGGGUGAGGGAGAUGCCCGCCUUGGCUUGAGACUGUCCGGUUUGCCACCUGCAGCUUGGUUAUUUGUAGAGAAGGUUGCUGAUGCAGGCUGGGCACAAGCGAUGCAAAUCACGGUGGGGGACCGUCUUGUUGCAGUGGAGCACCUGUGCCUUGACCUCAUGCAGAAGGAACAGUUCCUGGAGCUUUUCCGAAAUGCGCGACCGGUGCGGCUUACUUUUGCGCGGGCAAAAGAACAUGAGGAAGAUGUUGUCGAGGAGGAAGAAGAGGUGGUCGAAGAGGAGGAGGUUGCGGUGGCGCAUGGCUUCGAGUCCCUCCUCGACGCCGAGGACGCCUUCAAUGAAUGGAUGCUUUCCGCCUGUGAAAAAUACGGGAAGGGCAUCCAUAAGAAAGUCCAUGGCAAAGCCAAGACACUUGGCAGAGCGUAUGCUUUGGUGUGGCAGGCUUACAGGAAAAAGCUGGAGAAGGACGAGAGUCGCACGGACGACAUUGACAAGGACGACCAUGUGCUGAUGGUAUUCCAUGCCAAGCUCUACCGAGAUAUCGGCUCUUUCAUAACAGCGGACCACAUUCCUGGUGGAGCAGAGCAGUUCGGCUGGCCGCCACAGGCAACCAACAUCCACACCGGCACGAUGGCUGUGCAAGCUGCAGUGACCCAGGCUGCAAAGUCGAUGACGGACGAUCACCUGGAGCAGCUGUUCAGCGGACCGCCGCCAGUACUCAAUGCGAUGUUAGCGAAGCUGGCAGGGGAAACGGAUCUGAAGGUGCUGCACGGCCCUGGCAAUGCCGACUCCUUGCGUUGGCCGCCCCACAAGGAGAGAAGGCAUCGCUCGCGUUCCUCUCGACGCUCUGAUGACGAGCAAGCAUCCGAGGACGAAGUUGCUUGCGCGGUGGUGCUGGCAGCUGUUUUCGUGCCGAUGCUGGCCGCGCCUAUCUUCGGGGGGCCGCAGGGCAAAGCCUCCUCGUGGCUUCCACCCCUUCCGCUUGACAUGGCAGAGCCGGAGCUCCGCCCCAGCCUCGUUCUCCGGAUUCCGUAUCGGGACUGGGUCCUUUGGGAGUGUCCUCCCUUCGCGCUGGGUCUGCUUUGCGGCAUCCUGAUGAGUGUCGCCGGGGCAGCUCUGGCCACGUUCUUCUGCGGUGAGUUCUUCUCGGGUGGUGAGCGACCUGCUGCUCGGCUGUUUGCCAACGUAGCCGCGUCUGUCCUCGCGUACACUGCCCGUGCCAUAGAUGCCGCAGUGGACUGUGCUGAGGGCAAAUCAGCCAUCAGCGGCACAAGUGACUUCCUGCGGUCCAAGUUCGUCAGCAGCUUUUGCGGCGCGCUGUCGGCGUUCUCGGGCACCAUAGGCGACAUCGCUGAUGUUCAGUUCGGGUCGGCCGCCGAAGACAGCAUCCUCGACUCAUCCACCCAUGAGGUGCCCAGCAAACGCCGAUCUCAGCUUCAAGACAUCUCCCGAAUGCCGGGGCUCUACAACUUCCUUCUUCACUGGGUCCUCACGCUGCUAGUCAUGUGGGGCUGCGCCCGCUUCGAGACCUGGCCACGAGCCGUGUGGUUCUCGGGGGAGACUCUCGUUGGCUGGAUGCAGCGCGCAAUCCACCGGGACAACCAUGUGCGCAAGCAUCGCUGGCCAAGCUAG